UAAGCAAUGUUGCCAGUACGUGUUGACCGCGCAUUACAUCACCCAUCAAGUCCCAUGUCAUGGCAGACAUUUGACGGCGUUUGCUAAAAUUUUCGACUUUUCGUGACAUGUACGUCAUUACGACAUUUGAUUGAUAAAUUUCUAAAGGACCCAUCAAAAUUAGUUUGUUUGAAAGUUGGUUUACGCGCUAAAUGUGUUUAUAAUAUAAAUCGGACUUCAAUUACGAUGUGAAUUGUUCGUGUACAAUUUUGGUGACGCGCCAUUGAUACCUAAUCAUGACCGCACAAAAGUGCGUUGUCGAAGGCUGCAAUCUGGAAUAUGAUGUGGUCUGCAGCUUCUCAUUUUACAAUGCCAAUGUGACAUCGGACAAUGAACUCCAACGGCAGGAAUGGAUUGAUGGUGCUAUGCAUGAGCAAAGUGAAUGCCUCUGGAGGCAUGUCAGCUUACAGCUGUGUGGAUACCAUUUUGAGCUGGACAACCAGGGACUAUGGAUUGACUCCCCGAUGCUACCCGAACUCUUGACCGUGCAAGAAAAACCACCAGCAUUGACACCAUCAGCUGAAGACACUAGAAGGUCGGCGUACCGAUCCGGAACUGGAUUUCAAUCGUUAUUCGAGAAAUUCGCCAUGAAAUUGCCGAAAGUCGCUGAGAUCGUUCGAAUGGAUCACAAUUACAGCGUCGAGCCCCAGAACAAGGAGAACCCUGAUAACAUAUCUCGACUUAACGUCAGACAACUCGUCGACACGUUAGGAUAUCUGUCCCUGAAGAAUCUCCAAAGGAAACAGCUUUGGGUCGUGAAGGUGGAAACUGACAAGGCUGAGGCGUCGAUAACCCAGUCGGAACAAGUCAUCACCAAAAUGCAAGACUCCAAGCAGACCAUAGAGAUAAUACCACAAACAUCGACUUCAGCCGAUCAGCCGGCCAGCGAAGUGCUACAGAUAAUGGACGAAAACGCCAUACCGGAGAACUUUAUAUACGAAAUAGCCGAAGAACAAGAGAUAUCAAUGGAGGAAGUCAAAGAGAUACCUUCUUCGGGGAACCAGGAGUGGAUCGUGAAUAUAAUACCGGAGGAAACGAAGAAUAAAUACGCUUACAUCAAACACUGCAGUACGGGGAAAAAGAAGAGACAUUUCACAGCCGAUGUGAACGAGAUAACAUUACAAGGUGACUUUGAGAAUUACUACAUACUGCCAGACGUCGAUCCGUCUGUCGGCGUCGAGAUAACCACGAGCUACGAGCCGGAGAACUACAUAGUCGAGGAGUACCAGCAUCUGGUGCUUGAGGAUCGUCCCAAGAAACGCGUCAAAGAGGAGGGCAGCGGGAAAAAGAAACGCAAGAGACUGUCUUCGGGGCGGGACGACAUCAAAACCGAACCAGACGAUUGGGUCAUCGAGAAUGCAAUCUCCUAUGACAACGAUGAGUUUGAUGACAAGAAAGCAGCGUCCAGGGUGCGGAGAAAAAAUAAAAAGUACCUAGGCUUCGAUUUUGUUACGUAAUCGAUGUUUCUAAGUGGUGGUCCUUGUGGUUUUUUUGGGUAUUUUUCACGGAUCUGAUGAGUCUAUGGUGUAUCGCAGUAAACAAACAGAGUUAAAAGAAAAGAAACUCCAGCCGUUAUGUUUGUGUGUGCACAGCAGAACUGUACUAACAAAGAACGCUAAAGAUUCAUCAAAGUUAAAUGUAUAGUUUUUAAAAAGACCCAAAAUAUUACAAAAGACCAUUAUAAAUAAUGCAUCAUCAUCAUUAUAUUAAAUGCGACUUUGUAUAAUGCUGUUAUAAACGGUGGGCAUUGUGAGCCCAUCUGGGAAAGUACCGACGCUCUGCAAGUUGUAACGAUGCUAUCAUGUGUAUGAUUCGCGAAAUUAAUCAAAUCAUUGAGUUAUUUGUGCUCAUAAGAGUGGAAUUUCGAAAAAAAAAAAAACAAUUGGAAUUAUAUGAAUUUUCACAAAGUUGAAUACUGGCUUCGAAUUCAAAUAAAAUUAUUGAAUUUUUAACUUGAUAUGUAUGUACAAUGAUUGUUUAUUGUGACCAUUAACGUAAUGUAAUGUUGAAUACUUAUAAAGUUUUUAACAUACAUAAAAAGUAGACAAUGACAUGUCAAUAGGGAAGUACCUCGAUGUUCCAACUCGGAUUAUCUCAUCUUGAAAUUACUUUUGUACUAUUAAAACGAGCUGUGUUCACAGUUGGCAAAUUAUUUUAUUAAUAAUAUAGCCAAAAACGAUAUAUUUAUGUUCGAGAAGCAAUUUAUAAGUCUUCGAAGAGUCUCUCACUUAACUGGAAUACGAAUGGUAUGUGAUGUUUAUGAAUUUACUUCAUAGUUACUAUUGUGUGGACGAUCGUAGGCAAUGCAAUAUGUUUUACUAAUAAGAUUUACUGCUAGACAAAGGUACUAUUAGCACGCGGCCCAAACCGAAUUGAUGCCAUCUUGUUGAUCGUUUUUUUUUAAAUAUACAUAGUAUUAUUUUUUCUGGACUCUUCAGUUCUGGUUUUUGCAUAAAUCGAUUUUAUUAGGAUAUGUUUGUAGUUUCGCCUUUCCCAAUCGAAUCCAAGACAAAAAAAAAAAUUGUUUUAGUAGCGUUGAUAGUAAAUUUUGUCGUAAAACAUUUGGAAUCAUUGACAUGCGACAUUAAGCCUCUGAUUUCGAGCUGCUGAAGCGAAUCACAGAAAAAAAUCCAGAAAUCAUACGCAAAUUAAAUCUAAAUCUUAAAUUAUUAAAAUUUAAAAUGAUUAGGGAAAAAAAAAGUCUUAAUUAUAAAUAUAAAAUAAAAUUGGCGCAUGUGCCUUUUGUAAUAUAAAAAAAGAAAAACGUAAAUAUUCUGAAAUAGUCGAUGUCUUGUGUUUUUAAUUUGUCCGACAUUCGCGCCCCCCAACACUUUACGCUGCACUCUUAAAUAUUUAAAAAGAAAUCCUGAAUGUUCAAGAUAUUAUUUAAAAACUGCGCGUUCCAUUUUACUGUGUAACACUGAUAGAGACGCGACUGAAUUAAUUAAAUAGUGACAGAUGUCAAAUUUGACAGCUGUCAAUAAAAUCGAAUGUCGAAGUGAGCUGCGAAGUGUAGUCUUGGGACUGUAGUGUAUGUAGGUAAUGUAUCUAAAAUUGUUUACGUCACUGACCUGUCACUAUUUAAUAAAAUCGGGGCCAUUCAUUCAAGGAAGGUUUGUUAUUUUGUGAAAUGCAUUAUGUAUGUUCUCUAUAUAUAAAUAUAAUAUUAUUUUUUUGUCAAAUUGGUAUAUUAAUAGUUAAUAAAACAUUGUUUUUUUUUUCUUUGUAUCAGA